UAUUUUUCCAUCGCAAUGGAACAAGUACAAAAGCUUGGACCUACUUAAAAUAAAUGGCCACGACCUUGUAACCUAGCAUUCUUUCAUCUCUUUGUUGGAGAUAGUUGAGGACCCAAAUAAACUACGCAUAAUUAACCUAUAAUUGACCAUGAUGUCUUCUCUUUCGGAUUUCAACCCGUUCCCCGCCUCGGAUGAGGAAUUCAACAGCGACGAGGAUCCCUUUCUCCCCCAGUCCCUCCAGCGCAAAAAGGUCGCUACCUACACGACCACCGAAACCUACGACUGUGUCACGCCCGACAACGAGGACCACACGUUUUGCGGCAUCAUGUUCGAUCUCCACAGCCGCCACACCCACAUCCCGGUGGAGUACAUCGAGAUCGAGUCCAUCGCGGUCCGCGGCACCUUGGGGAAGAUGAAAAUCUUCCUGACCAAAGACACCCACCAGGGAAAACACGAGUUGCCUCUGCUUCACAGCGGGCAGGAACAUCCUCGAGAUGGCGGCGAGGCGGAGCAUGACCCGGAGCUGCAAGAUCAAAAUCGGAACGAGUUCGGCAACUUUUUCAGCGGGGGCAUCCGGCGCACAACCCGAAACGGCAAUCCGCCCGCGGUGCAACACCCUUUAUGGACUCUGGUGCACGUCGGCACGCACGGACCCAGUCCGACGAAGUUUCAUUACUUGGAGUUACAAGAUCCGAACUCGAUCACGAAAGAAAUGUCGGAAUCCUUUUGCUUGUCGGAAAAAGAGCGGAAGUCGAACAACAACUCGCAGGGGAACGCGAGGGCGGCGAGAGCACAUUUUUUCGAGCAGUUUGACGACGAAGACGAUGACAUGGAAAUCGGCAACACGCGAGGAGGUGGAAACAACAAUACCGGUAACGCUUCAGGCGGAGCCUCAGGCACGACUGGAGGGGGUGCUGCUGCAGCGUCAACCAGCACGACCUCGGGUGCGAAUCCCACCACAUCCUCAAACCUGUUUGACGACAUCGAGGAAGUGGUUCCGAAACCAAAGAAGCAGGCUUACCGGCUCCCUGUCGGCGAGACGGUGGGUCUCUACGUACACAGCUCCGGCCCAGACCCGCGCGCGUCGGGGCGGGAGGCGGAGGAGCUACUGGGCAGGAACAGGCCCUUGUGGGUGUGGAACGGGAGGGGCGGUGGAACGCCAGACUCGAUUGUGUACAACAACCAACGGCAUCAGGUACGGUGUUUUCAUGUGAAUUCUACUUCAUGAUCAUCGCAUAAUUCAGAAGUCAUGCACCUCCUUCUUGUGCUGAGGUUAACGUUAUGCACAUGCACGAAAAGUUGUUGUAGUCCAACUCCAAGACAGUCUCCACCCUGCCCUUCUCUCUUCCAGGUAACGAUGGAGAACAUGCAUAUCCGCGUUCUUCCCGGCAUGGCGCACACGUCCGUGACCCCCUUCAGUCAGAACGGUUUUUGGGGCUACGGCAACGCGUGGCGGCCGCAUCGGGAAUUCGUGGGGAAAAUCCAGUAUGGGAUCCGGUACCUGCUGUGGAACCCGAUCGCGGCGACACAUAAAAAAUUCCCGCGGGCUUUUCGAAGACUGGUCCUCAAUCUCCUCUGUAUUCACCGUUCUGACCCAGACAAAGACAUCGGCAACGCGGUGGUAGUCACGUCUACCGCUCGUGGAGGCAGUUCUCUAUCACCAGGGAGUGGUAGUAGACGAAAGGCGACAUCCUCAAAUAAUAUUAUGUGUGCAGAUGAAAAUGAGGAAAAUGUUGGCAGUGCGGAUGGUCAUCCUUCUGCUCCUACAGGAGAAAAUGAAGGUACCGGUCCCUCGAUGAAGAAGCAGAAGCGGUCGCCCUCGGCGGACGCUUUCAAUUUGGAACGAGAUGUGGACAUGGUGAACGGGAAUCAUGUUGAUCAUCAAAUUAUGACAUCACCUGCUGUGGUGAACGUGAAGGAGCCUUCGAAUAUUAAAGGCGACAAAAAUGAAAAGUCAGAAGAGAUGAGCAUUGACUCUCCCGCGAAAGUAACGACCUUAGCCGAAAGUAGUUCCACAGCGACAUCAACUGCCGCUGUGCCGACGACCGCAAUUGUACCUACAUCACCCAGGACCCCUGCCGAGACGGCAAGAACGCCGGCGGCGUCCAGCAAGCCCUACAAGUUGCAGUUCCGCGACCUUCCGAUCGACGUGGUGUUCUACAUUCUGAACAUGUGCCGGUGGGACUGGGCCUACCCGCUGCACCGCGACCCGUCGCGCUGUCUCGACGCGGACCGGCAAUACGACAUUAUCGCGAGGAAUCUGAAGCGCCAGAAGGCGGAGGUGUCUCGCGAGAACAGAAGUAGAGAGGACUACAACCACCGAGGAGACGUCCUCGUAGGGGCCAGUUCUUCUUUUCGCGAUAUUGAAAAUGACGAGAAUUACGACUUUGUCGGGCCGCUGUGGCUCAACCCAGGCGGGGGAACUACGGCAACAGGCAGUCGUGGUUUGAGCGGAUCCUCGUCUUCCUCCUCCUCGUCUUCUUCUGGAGGUGGACCUCGUCCAGCGCAAAACAACGCGCAAGAUGAGAGCGGUCGGAACAACAGCAGACCCGGCACAGGUACUUCUACAGCUGGAAGAACCUCAGCACCGGCGCCCGGUUUUGGAAACGUCCGGGAUCGGGAACGGGCGGACGACGACUAUUUCGACAACGACUCGCCGUCCCCCGCCAACCGUGGAGGCAACCUCGCGGUUUUCGGACCCGCACGCGCCGGAGGUCCGGGCGGGGGUCGUACUAUGGAGCUUCACCGCGGCCGAGGAAACCAGCUGGAGCAAGAGUUGCUGCAGCAAAACCGGAUAUGCGCGCGUCGGGACCGGUACGGCAGCAUCGUGAUCGGCGGGCCGGAGAUCGGGCCGCCGGUGCGGACCUUCGGGGUGCACGGCGCACUGCGGGAAUACUCCACGGAGUCCGAGUCUUCGGAAGCUGACGACCCCGACGACCUGGACGAGGACGACCUGUUGCUGCUGGAGCACGGCCGCCACUACUUCGAUGCCAGAAACGCGCGGGACGAGAGGCGGCCCUACGCUCCGGCGCCGAGGGGCCCAGCGCCGCCCGCGGCGGUGGCGGUGCAAAGAGGAGAAAGGGCUGGUGCCGGGGAUGAGGAAGAGCGGCAAGAACAGGGUGGAAAUCACGGGAGUGCUGACCAGGCUGGAACUAGCAGUACUGCCGCCGCGGGGGGAGGGAGUGACACAGCAAAUCAGGUCGGUGGUGGCAAUGCAGAUGGUAGCACUGUGGCGGGAAAGAAAGGCGGGGGAAAGAAAGGAAACUGAUCAUGGUGCUAUUUUGCGCUACCGGUUUUCUACACAGAUAAUUUAA